CGCAUGGGCUUAGGUUGUUUCCGGUUAAGAUGUCAACAAACAUGUAGACCGCGCUGAGAUUUUAUAUUUCCUGGCAUUAUUUGUCCUAAAUAAAAGUUAUCAGCAUAAACCAUGUUUAUUUUCAGCAAGAAGACAGUCUCAAGGAUUCUUAACUUGCUCUUGUUUGCUGUAGUGAUACUAAGUUGGGUGUAUACAAUUUUGGCUGGACGCUGGGCAUCAAUAAAAUAUUUGAAGGACACGUACGGUAUCGCAGAAUAAAGCUUGGCAGAAUGGAGGUGAAAAAUGACAAGUCUGCAAUGCUGAGUAACUAUGAAGUCCUGAACCUUCUCAGUGACAUGCACAAAGGACAAAGUAAACAGAGCAAACUUCAAACUAACCUGGCCACAAUAUCGUACGAGAUAACUCAUUACCUCGAAAACUCAGCAUGUUCGAAACAAUCACCUGAACUUCUCGCAAAUUUCAUUAAAGCUUUAGAUAGGUUUAAACUGACAAAAGCAGAAAAGAUGCAGCUGUUGAACUUAAGGCCAAAGACUGCUGUAGAAAUUCAGUUGAUAGUUGAAGAAAGCGAGGAACGACUGACGGAAGAUCAGAUUUAUGAGUUGUUAGAUCUAGUGAAGGAACAUUUACCUGGUGGUGAUGAGGAAGAGGAGAUGGAAGAAGAUGAUCAGGGACAAGAAUAAAAUGUGUAUAGGUUUAUCCAGCUGACCUGUUCAAAAUUUUGAUAUUUUAGGGGUGAUUCUUGAUGCAAAAUAUUUUUAUGUACUUGAUUGUGUUUUAGUUAAUAUGUUAAGCCUUAAGUGUUUUUUAAUGGUUUUGAUAAAUAUAUUCAGUGUUUUGGGGUUUUUUUUUUUCUUAAGAUUUUUUAAGUCUUAAUAUAAAAAGUACAUAACAUUGUAUAAUAAAAUGAACCAAUACGGAAAUGAAGGAACAAAAAAGUGGUAAAGUUAAAGUGUUGAAGGAAAAUUACUACACACCUGUUUAGUUGUUUUUUUUCUCUAUUGUUUUCAUAGAAGGUAGGAACUAUAAUAAAUAUUUUAAGGUUGCCAUAAAAAUGUAGGAAAUCAUUUUGAAUUUCUAUUUUUCCUCUGCUUGUAAGUUGUAUAUUUUAUGUCAGACUGUCAUUUUAUGAGACAGAACAUACAUCAUUUUGAGCUGUGUAAGCAAAUGAAAUAUUUGAAAGUUCAUAAAUAAACCAUAUUUAAUUUA